AGCCUCAGGGGAGCCCUGUGGGGGGAGCCGCCUGGAGGUGUGGUCUGGGCCUUGGGAGAACCAAAAGGUCCCCCCCGGGGAGUUUUGAGAAGGAAGUGUCAAAUGCCACGUAAAGGGCCAGAGGGCAACAGUUUAGGAGAGGCUAAUUGUCAAAUCUGUUUAUGUGGUUACAGUUUAGAUCAUCAAAUGAAUGUAACUGUGCUUUUCCAAACUACCUUCAUGGGGCCUCACCUCCUACCCCAGCACCCAGAUGAUUUGGGCCUCCAGCUUGUUCAAGGGCAGAGUACAGCAGUGCUUUGCUGCACUCCCAGAGGAAAUGAGGAACCAGAGGUCUCCUGACAACUUGGAGAGACGUCACACUUCUCUUCAAAGGAAUUAAAACCAUACCCACAUCAUUCUCCAUCCCGUGUCCAAGAAAACCCUCUUCUGCAAAAGUAAUGGCUUGUUCUGAGGAGCAAGGAGGUGUCCCCUGUGGCUUCAUCCGCCAGAAUUCUGGUAACUCCACGUCUUUGGACUUUGAGCCAGAUGCAGAGUACCAGUUUGUGGAGCAGCUGGAAGAGCGCUACAGAUGUGCCUUCUGCCGCUCAGUGCUUCACAACCCCCACCAGACGGGCUGUGGGCACCGCUUCUGCCAGCACUGCAUCCUGUCCCUGAGAGAAUUAAACGCAGUCCCACUCUGCCCUGUAGAUAAGGAGGUGAUCAAAUCUCAGGAGGUGUUUAAAGACAAUUGCUGCAAAAGAGAAGUCCUCAAUUUAUAUGUAUUUUGCAAAAACGCUCCUGGAUGUAAUGCCAAGGUUAUUCUGGGACGAUACCAGCGGUGGAAGGUUGUUAAAUGGGAAGCAGGAAACGUGGCUCCACCACAGCAAGCCCAUGUCAGGUUCAAUCACACUAUGAAUGAAUACGAGGCAAGCAUCUCUAGCUUCCAAGGAAUUGCUAGGAGGACGCUACAAGUUUCCCUUCCCAGCCACACGUUUUGGAAUGUAUUUCAGGACCACCUUCAGCACUGCUUAUUCCAAGCUGUGCAGUGCUCUAAUGAGAGCUGUCGGGAGCCAGUCCUUCGCAAAGAUCUGAAAGAGCAUUUGAGUGCAGACUGUCCGUUUCGAGAGGAAAAAUGCCUUUAUUGCAAAAAGGAUGUGGUAGUCAUCAAUCUACAGAAUCAUGAGGAAAACUUGUGUCCUGAGUACCCAGUAUCUUGUCCCAACAAGUGUUUGCAGAUUAUUCCAAGAACUGAGGUGGAUGAACACCUUGCUGUGUGUCCUGAAGCUGAACAAGACUGUCCUUUCAAGCACUAUGGCUGUACUGUAAAGGAUAAACGAGGAAACCUGCAGGAGCAUGAGCAUUCAGCCUUACGGGACCACAUGCUUCUGGUUUUAGAAAAGAACUUCCAGUUAGAAGAACAGAUUUCUGACUUAUAUAAGAGCCUAGAACAAAAAGAAAGUAAAAUCCAGCAGCUAGCAGAAACCGUAAAGAAAUUCGAAAAGGAGUUCAAGCAGUUUGCACAGUUGUUUGGCAAAAAUGGAACUUUCCUCUCAAAUAUACAGGUUCUUGCCAGUCACAUUGACAAGUCCGCUUGGCUAGAAGUUCAGGUGCGUCAGUUAUUACAAAUGGCUAACCAGCAACAAAGUAAAUUUGAUCUGAGGCCUUUGGUGGAAGCGAUUGAUACAGUGAAACAGAAAAUCACCCUGCUAGAAACCCAUGAUCAAAGAUUAGUUGUUUUGGAAGGGGAGACUAACAAACAUGAUGCCCACAUUAAUAUUCAUAAAGCACAGCUGAAUAAAAACGAAGAGCGAUUUAAGCUGCUAGAAAGUGCCUGCUAUAACGGAAAGCUCAUCUGGAAGGUCACAGACUACAAGCUGAAGAAGAAGGAGGCGCUGGACGGACACACAGUAUCCAUCUUCAGCCAGCCCUUCUACACCAGCCGGUGUGGCUACAGGCUCUGCGCUAGAGCGUACCUGAAUGGGGACGGGUCUGGGAAGGGGACGCACCUGUCGUUGUACUUUGUGGUGAUGCGAGGGGAGUUUGACUCACUGUUGCAGUGGCCAUUCAGGCAGAGGGUGACCCUGAUGCUUUUGGACCAAAGUGGCAAAAGGAACCACAUUAUGGAGACCUUCAAGGCUGACCCCAAUAGCAGCAGCUUUAAAAGACCCGAUGGGGAGAUGAACAUUGCCUCUGGCUGUCCACGCUUCGUGGCUCAUUCCACUUUGGAGAAUGCCAAGAACACCUACAUUAAAGAUGACACCCUGUUCUUGAAAGUGGCUGUGGAUUUAACUGACCUGGAGGAUCUCUAAUCACUGCUUCUGGGGUGAUAAAAGGACUCCUUGAAUCCAGAACCUUUGGUUAAUGUAGUGACUGAAUGUAGGCUCGACACACACUCGUAUUUGGCUCUUUGCCCUUAAUGUUUGAAGUCAUUUUGAGAUUUCUCAAGUGCUGUCUUCUUUUUACAUUUUAUUCUGUCCCAGUUUGAAACUGACAAUACUUAGAAUAUCUUCUCAUUAUUUAUAUUUUUAUAUCUCUUGAAAGAUGUUAAUUUUCUUAAAGGUAAGGUCUGGGGCAUACCUCUUUUACUGGUGCUUAGUGUGGGGUCUCAGGAUGGGCCCUCUAUAAUAUUAAAUGUCAUUGAGGACACAGAAGUAGAAUUUCCAGUUGAAAAUGCUUUGGUAUUUUUGUGUGUGUGUGUGUGCGGUACGCGGGCCUCUCACUGCUGUGGCCUCUCCCGUUGCGGAGCACAGGCUCCGGACACGCAGGCUCAGCGUCCAUG